GAAAAAACAUAAAUCAAUGGACCUGUCACAUACUGGCGUGCUGCUCUGAUCCAUGCGCAGACAGGCCCAUGGAGACUCUCCUCUGCAUCUAAUACAAACCUGAGGCUUGUGUUUUCAGCGUGCACCUUGUUCAGGCAGGCCCAUGGAGAUCCGGACCAAGGACAACGCAUGGCGCCUGCUGCUCGUGCUCUUCCUCGGCCAGCUCGUGGCCUUCUCCAUGGCAGCCUGCAGCUUCGCCUCCUCUUUCAUUGCCAAUCUCGGAGUUGAUGCACCACUUGCGCAAUCAUUCUGCACACAUCUCCUGUUGACCUUAGUUUAUGUGCCAAUCCUCUUGCAUCGACGACACAAGCUGCGGAUACCUUGGUAUUGGUACUUAGUGCUGGCCUUCGUCGAUGUCCAGGGAAAUUAUCUGGUUACUGAGGCGUACCAGUACUCAUCCAUCACCAGCGUAACAUUGUUGGAUUGCUGGACUGUUGUAUGGGCUAUCAUACUCACCUGGUACGCACUAGGCACGAGAUAUUCUUUCUGGCAAUUUCUGGGGGCAGGGACCUGUGUGGCUGGGCUAGCACUUGUGCUCCUUUCAGAUGCAAAAACUCCAGAUGCGCAAGAUCCAAAUAAAAUACCACUUCUAGGGGAUGCCCUUGUUAUUGCCGGGGCAGUUUGCUAUGCAUUUAGCAAUGUCGGGGAGGAAUACUGUGUCAAGAAGAACGACAGAGUAGAAGUUGUCGCAAUGCUUGGACUAUUUGGGGUGCUUGUCAGUACAAUUCAGAUACUUAUAUUCGAAAGGAAGAGCGUAGAAGCAAUUGUUUGGUCUCCAACAAUGAUAAGUUUGUUUGCAGGAUACGGCAUUGCAGGAUUUAUGUUCUACACCAUUACUCCUUUUGUCCUCAAGAUGAGUGGAGCAACAUUGCUUAACCUCUCGCUCUUAACAUCUGAUAUGUGGGCAGUCGCCAUUCGAGUAUUUUUCUAUCAACAACAGAUAAACUGGUUGUACUAUCUAGCAUUCACAGUUGUGGCCAUCGGAUUGAUCAUCUACUCACUGAAUGAGAAUUCUUCGGCUGAUGCAACAGCUGCAAGUACAGAAGCAGCCGCUCACUAUCAACAACUUCCAAGUGAGGAUAACUCAACAGGAAGUGGUUCCAAUUUGGACAGAAAAGAAAGGAAGCAACAAGAAGCUCACAUCUGUUAAGGGAGCCAAUGUACAAAGUCAUCUCCACAGUUGCAAUGGCCAAUUUCUGAUUGAGCCUGUGCUGCCACAUCCUUGCAAGUAAGGGCAGCUGCUCAGGAGAAGCAACAUAGAUUUCGUGCUAUGCCAUUUGCGUGUAAAUAAAAAAGUGUCUAUGUCUUGGUCGACUGAGAAUUAACUAAUUCUCAGUUGAUUUUACAAAUUUGUGCAUACAAAUCUAAUACAAUGUUUACCAUGAUAUAACAAUUUAUGCAUCUAGUGCAAUCAUGCUCUCAUAGUUUAGAGAUAUAUGAAAUCUUGCAUGGAUCUCAGUGUCA